CAUUUGUGUCUAGCAGCAAAAAGCGCGGACGGUGGUAAUAUUCGUAUAACAAGAGGAAGUGGGACCACUGAUGUGAAUCAGCCUUAUAGUUAAUUCUGGCUCAACAGUUGUAGUGCAUGGCCCGUGUCAAAUAAACUAAAGGAAACUAACAUCAUUACUGGGUGAACUGUGAUAAAGGAGUCUGAUCCAGCUUUGAUGAAAGUGAUCAUCACUGAUACAUAACAGGAUAUGAUAUGGAUAAAACAUUGAUAUCAGGAAAGGAGGACACUGAGGACAAAGUGCCUGAAUGUGACAGCAGUGGGAAGGUGCAGUCAGAUGGUGUGGAAAUGGAGGAAACUGAAAAAGAUUCACCUAGUAGGACUGACAAGCCUGAUAAAUCAGAGGAGGAGCUCACUGAGGAGCAGCAGCCAGACUCUUUACCUGAAGAUGAGGAAAGCCUCUGCACUGUCUGUGGCUUCUCAGCCAAAUGCCCACGAUCACUGAAGAUCCACUUUGCAAGGAAGCAUGCAAAGACCUCAAAGAACACCCACAGAGAUGCAACAAUGAUAGAUGAUAGAAGUGAAGAAAGUCCUCCUGAAAUUCAAGAGGAAGUCAACAUGGAAACAGAAAGUGCUGCUGAAGUUAAAAAGUCUGACUUUGAUCAGCCCAAAUCAGCAGCUGGGGACAAUAACACAAAGACUUCCGCUGAAAAAGAAGCUGGAUCUGAGAAACAGCAGGCAGAUAAAGAGGAGGUUACCCCAACACAAGAGAGAAGAUUAAGCAAGAGAACCCCAAAACCUAAGAUGAUAUAUUCCUGCAACUAUUGUGGGCAUGAAUUUAGAGACAAGGCCCCUUUAGAUGUGCACAUCCAGAGAUACCACAGUAAAGAGCUCCCAAAUGCAUUUGAUACUGAUGAGAGCAUGGAAAAAGAAGAGGAAGCUGCAGAUCCUGGCACAACUGUGAAGUCUACUCCAACACGAGUGGCAGCAAAACGUACCAUCAGCAGGUUCCAGCUUAAGUGUGCCAGCUGUGAUUUUAGGGUCAGCAGCCCCGCAUUGCUGGAGAGCCACGCACAAGUAAAACACCUGGACCGGGAGUGGUACCGCUGUAAACUGUGUAACUUUUUUUCUGCCACCUCUGAGUGGAUGGAUGUUCAUCUGACCUCAGACAGUCAUGUGCAGCAACAGAAAGCGGAGAACAGUACACAGCUGUCUUCGUUUGAAGCCUAUGUUGAGAGUGUAAGCCGAUAUGCAGCCUCUGUUAAAGAUGUUACAGCCGAGGUAGCUGAUGGAGAAAAGGCGGCUACUGCAGCAGAAGGUGAUCAAGGAACUGGAGAGGCAGCAGAGGCUGCCAAGGCUGUGCCAGACACAGAGGAAGAUUCAGAGCACGAACCUCCCAAAAAGAAGAGAGGAAGACCAAAGCAUGGGGCCACAACUACUUGUGGAUACUGUGGUCUGGUUGUGUCAAACGCUACAAACCUCAGUGUCCACGUCCGCCGUAGACACAGCAAGGAGUAUGGCUACAGCUGCACUCUGUGCAACUACAGCUGUGUGACAAAAGGUGACAUGGAUCGUCACUGUGUUACAAAGAAACACGUCAAACGUGCACAAGAAUGUGCAGGUAAGAACUCAGUCAACAGUGACUCCAUUACACCAGCACAGGAACCUACAACUACAGAAGUCCAGGAACCAAAUGCCCAGAAUGCUGCAGACCAAGUGCAGGAAUCUGAGAACACGGCUGCCAAAGAAAAUAGUGGAGAAGAGCAAAGUCAGUCAGAUGCAAGCCUCAAAAAAAGCAAAUUUGUCUCUGUUGUCACUUGCAACCACUGUGACUUCGUAGCUCAAUCUGCCCCUUCCCUUCAUCUGCAUGUCAAGAGAAAGCACACCAAAGACUUUGAGUUUGUCUGUCUAGCAUGUGGCUACUACGCAUUAACCAACAGGGAAAUAACUCGCCAUGCCAACACAGAGAGGCACAAGCAGAAAAGUCAGAAAUACCUUGAAACAGGAGGUAGUGAGGGACAAAAAGCUUUGGCACUCCCAUUGAAGCUGCAGCAAGUCAUUGAGUUUGUGGGAUCAAACUCGAAUCCUGAAGGUGGCGAGUCUGAAUCCGAUGAUGAUAGUCAAGCAACUGAAAAUCAGAACACAGCUGAUCCCACUGUCACCACAGAGACUGAUGAUGCUGCUGCUGGCGUGGCUGUCUGUGCAGACGAGAAGCAAGCAGACAGUGUUAUAAUGUCCAGUGGUGAUGAACCAGCCAACCAGAUGGUCGAACCUGAUGAGCCGUCUGAGCCCAGGGAGACUCCAGCAGAACUUCAGCCUGCAAUGGAUCAGUCUGCACAGCCAGAGAGCCAGGAGGAAGAUGAUAAACAAGCUGAUGAUGAAAAACUAAAUUCAGAUCAGAUUUUAGAUGCAGGACAGGAGGACAGCACUCAUUCAGAGACACAAGUAUCCAAAGCUCCUCCCUUUGAUCCCUGCAUUGUAUCCAUGAAGACUCUUGCCGAGCAGGAGCAGACGAUGCAGGAAGGCCUGGCUGUAGAAGGCCAGACUGCUGCAGUAUGUUUGACUGGAGGAACACCACUAUCCAACAGUGUCCUGCUUUCAGAUUCCUUCUAUGUCAAGAAGCUUAAACCCAAAGAAGUAAAGCUGCGAGAGGAAGUAAAAGUAGGAAUCUCCCGCAUCCGCUGUGAGGACUGCGGCUUCAUGGCUGAUGGAAUCAGUGGCCUCAAUGUCCACAUCUCAAUGAAACACCCAACCAAGGACAAGCAUUUUCACUGCCUGGUGUGUGGCAAGUCAUUCUACACUGAGAGCAACCUACACCAGCACCUGACCAGUGCUGCCCAUCUCCGCAACGAGCAGAACAGCGUGGAAGAGCUACCUGAAGGUGGAGCGAGUUUCAAGUGUGUGAAAUGUACAGACCGCUUUGAGUCUGAGCAGGAGCUGUUCAUUCACAUAAAGGAGAAGCACGAGGAGCUGCUGAGGGAGGUCAACAAGUACGUGUUGGAGGACACGGAGCAGAUCAACCGUGAACGGGAGGAGAACCAGGGCAGUGUGUGCAAAUACUGUGGCAAGGUGUGCAGAAGCAGCAACUCCAUGGCCUUCCUGGCACACAUCAGGACUCACACCGGAUCAAAGCCCUUCAUGUGUAAGAUCUGCAACUUUGCAACAGCACAGCUGGGAGACGCCAGAAACCAUGUGAAGAGACACCUCGGCAUGAGAGAGUACAAAUGUGACAUCUGUGGAUGGGCCUUUGUGAUGAAGAAACACCUCAGCACCCACCUGCUGGGAAAACAUGGAGUUGGCCAGCGUAAAGAGAGGAAGUUCGAAUGCGACUUGUGCGAGCGCUCCUUCAGUGAAAAAUGGGCCCUGAACAACCACAUGAAACUGCACAGUGGGGAGAAACCGUAUAAGUGCCCCUGGCCGUCCUGUCACUAUGCCUUCCUCAACCUGUCCGCCAUGAAGGACCACUACAGGACACACACUGGAGAGAAGUCAUACCUGUGUGACCUGUGUGGUUUUGCUGGAGGCACGAAACACGCCCUGACCAAACACAGACGCCAACACACAGGAGAGAGACCCUUUAAAUGUAAGCUCUGCAACUUUGCCUCUACCACACAGUCCCACCUAUCGCGCCACAAACGGAUUCACACCGGGGAGAAACCAUACCGCUGCCCCUGGUGCGACUACAGAUCCAACUGUGCCGAGAACAUCCGGAAGCACAUUCUCCAUACAGGCAAACAUGAGGGCGUGAAGAUGUACAACUGUCCCAAAUGUAACCACGCCACAAACUCUCCCAUGGAGUUUCGCAACCACCUGAAGGAAAAUCACCCUGAUAUUGAAAAUCCUGACCUUGCCUACCUUCAUGCAGGUAUCGUCUCCAAGUCUUUCGAAUGUCGUCUGAAGGGUCAGGGGGCCACAUUUGUGGAGGCAGAAUCCAUGGGCUCACCUGUGAAGAAGGGCUCAUCUGACGCAUCAGGCCAUGACGGGCCUGUCCAGCAGGUCAUCAUCAUCCAGGGCUACAGUGGAGGGGAUGUGGCCAUCGACCAGGCCCUGGAGGAAUCGGCUGCAGCCACCCUGCAGACGCUAGCCAUGGCUGGACAGGUGGCGGAGGUGCUCCACAUCACAGAGGAUGGACAGGUUAUUGCCUCAGGCAGAGAAGUGGCAUCCGCAGGGGCCCAUCUGGCUGGGGGCAGCACCCAGUAUGUGGUGCUGGAGUCAGGGGAGGCAAGAGAAGGGCUGCGAGCUGUGUCAAGAGGAGGAGUAGCAGUCGCAGGACAAAGUCAGAUCGUCUCGGAGUCGUCCACGGCUUUGGACGCUCUCCUCAGCGCUGUCAGUGAAAUGGGCCACCAGGAGGAAAUGCAAGGAGAGGCAGCCGUCGUUCAUGAGGUGGUGAGCCCUGAGACAGCUAAGGCUGUGAAAAGGGAUGCCCAGGAGGAGGUGAAACAGGAGCAGGAGGAGAUGCAGGUCAUUCAGGAGACUGGCCAGGAGGAGAUGCAGGAGGUGCUGCAGCUCGCCGCGUCUCAAAUGAUGAAAGAAGGUCUGACCCAGGUUAUCGUUAACGACGAAGGGACACAUUACAUUGUGACAGAGUUGGACAACUGCACCUUACAGGUGGAGGGAGGCGUGUAUGGAGCUGCAGGGACAGUUGAGGAGGAGGUGCAGCAGACAGAGCAGCAGGAAGGAGAAGAGAUGGUGGUGUAUCUGGAUGGAGCCCCUCAUGAUAUUGUUUUGGAAGGCUAGAGGAGAUGCAAAGCUGAGGAGGUGCAUUUGUUUUAUGUAUUUUUUUUGUUGUUUUUAGGUUUAGAAUUUUUUUUUUUUUAUAUAAAAAUCAGUGGUUGUCAACUGGUGGGUCAGGAACCAAAAUUGGUUGGUAGAGCGGGAAGGGCCUGGCUGCAGAUCAUAGAAUCUCUCAGACUGUCCCAUUAAAGACAAUGUCUAUUUCAGAGUGGAAAUACUCAGAAAGCAACUAUGUUCUCUGCAAAGCUAGGUUAGCUUCAGCUACGUUUGCUAAAGCUCACGUUGCUUAAACUAACAAAGCUAAAGCGAGCCCUUGUUUGUCUAUUUCUAAAAUGAUAAAAAUGAUAAAUUAAUUUAGGUUGCAGUUUCUCAUUGAGGAGUUGACAGUGAUUCCUGAGGCUCAACCACUUGAGAACCACUGCUCUGAAUACAUAUCUUCCCCUCUUCCCAUUUUCUGAAUUUAACAAUCUUCUGGGAGGCAGAUGGGAAGGUUGGGGUGGGCAUGAUGAGGCCCUUGGGCCGCCAGUGUACAAUCACUAAUGUAGCAGGUAUUUAACAUCUAGCCACCUGUAGCUUGUUUGGUCUGAAGUUUCAUUGAGUUCUGAGAGUGGAGACUCUGGUUGUUGUUGAAUGAGUUUUUUCUCAUUGUGGUGUGCCAUGUUGGUCUUCUUGUUUCACACCACACACCGCAAGAACAAAAUGGUUAAAUUUAUCAUUAUUUGUUGUAAUGUGUGGGGCUUCUCACACUUUCACAAUCAGUUAACAUUUUUAAAAUCUUUUAGCAUGUGCCAGGCUUGAGUGAAAUGUUUGCCAGGAAAUAUCUUGCAGUCUUCCUCCCUCUUUGCCCUUUUUUUAUUUUACCCUCUUUGAUUCCUUUUACAUGGCUUCUGUUUGUUUUUUUAGCCUCCUCUCUGGGGCUAUGCUAAACUCAGGUUAAACAUCAUUUAUUUAGAGGGACAGUGGAGGAGAGAGGUUUUGGUGCUAAGUGAGCUACCUUGCAAUCCUCACAACCACCAGGACUACAUGAACCACUUUAUUAAUGCCAUGCAAUUUCAGAGAAUAAAUAGGUACCUUCAAGAAAUAUUUUUACAAUGUAUCUAAUAUUUUGAGCAUUAAAUUAUAAAAUUAAAAUAGGCUAAGAAAAAAAUGUGUUUCUCUCUCUCUCUUGAGGUAGAAGUUUUUCAUGCCAAUGCUUUUUUUUGUCUUUCUGAUACAUUUGUUGAAGUUUUGUUUGGGCUGUUAGAAUUUUUCAUGUGUCCAAAGACACAUAAGGUUAUUAAUUUUGUCUUUUUUUUCUCUUUUUUUUUGUUUGUUUUUGCUUAAGUGUUUUCUUCAUAGUGGUGAUUGUAUUCAGUUCUGAAAAAAACUAAUUGAUUUGAAGAUUUCGAUCUUUCAGAUGGUUUAUAUGUGACAAUUCAGGCCUCUAAAGUAUGAAUGCAUUUUCAU